AUGGCCACCGCUCGCAAGCGGCCUCGGCCGGAGGAGUCCACUGAAAACGUGGCCGACUGCCCGUUCACUGUUAUACAUCCGGAUCCCAAUGAGAAGGAGAAGAAGACAAAGCGCCGCGGUGGCGGCUCAGAGGAUCGGCCCGCGCCUCCGCCAAAAAUUCACCUCCAGGUCUCGCCAUUCUCCCCCAUCGGCAAGUUCAACGCCAAGGACAACACCAUGGACAGCCACGGUGUGCAAAUAGUGUGGGCAACCGACCAGGCCUGGUUAAUGCGGUUAUCUCUGCCCGCAACAACUUCCCCUAAGCGCGUCCGCCUUUGGUCGCGCUCGGCAGCGGGUUCGUUUGCGCCCGCCGAUAUUGCGGCAAACGGCUGUGGCACGGAUCGCGACUUGGAUAGUGAAGGCACACACCAUCCUGAUAUCCGGAAGUGGGACACCCCUGUUCGUGGCAGGCACGGGUUGGUGGCAGUUGAGCUUUUAUGGGAAGCAAAGUGA